ACGAUCCCAAGCCAUUGCUCGGUCUUGCAGAGAACUGAAGUCCCUGAGUCAAGAUCGCAGGCGAAACCCCCCGGCUCCCUAACCCCCCACCGUUUCUCGUGCCGUGGAGCACCAAGCAUUUAAAACGGCAGAGCCAAGAGUCAUGAAGGAUCCCGGGUCAUCCCUCAUGGUCUGAUAUGCUUUCGAGCCCAAGUGCUAUCUCACCUCGCAGCCGCCAAUAUUAACGCCCAUUGGGAGCCGAUGAAUGAUCCAAGACUUCCCCAUGCCCGAGUACGAAGGGUGUUGGACAUCUGCUGCCUACAGCGUGUAUGUCUUCACGAUACAGCACAUAGCCCAAUUAUCCUUCUCAAUCACUCGUCGCCAGGUCCCUCAGAGUCCAACAUUGUUACCUAGAAAUGUUCCCCCUCAAAGCCAGCAUGGCGCAAGCUUUCGGCCCCCAAAUAAUCCAGGGUCCGGUACUUGGGGAGUCGAGGGCGUGGGAAAAGAAACGGCGUGGCGUCUGUAUUGCGUCCCUCUCCCCCAAAAGGCCAAGGAGGCCUCGACCACCCGUUUGAAUCAUAGACCCUUCCAUCUGCCUCGCGGAAACAGAUACCUAGCAAGAGAGAUCCCGACGGGUCGGCAGAUAGACCCACCAGAGCGUACGGAGUUCAUUGUAUACCAGGCCAUCCAAGCCCAUCGCCGUCCAUCAACCUUACCUUACCCCCAUUCCCUCUCUCACGCCCCCCUUUCCUCGCCACCCGGGACCCCUAGCUAGAGGUCGACAUCACAUCACGAGAUACCUAGAUAACCCGGACUAAACAAGAGUCACAAUCUCAAUUGCCUACGGAGUACCUUGCCUGCCUACCUUUACGAGGUGU